UUAACAAUGUAACAUUUUGAAGGCCCGGCCCAAUGUUUUCAUUACUGAAGUAAGUAGAAAAUACAAAGAGUGGGAAAUAGUGAUGGAGUGAUGAUUAUUAUGAAAGCUGGCUCGUGGCUAAUCAAAAGAAUGAGCAACAGUAACCAAAACCUCGUCCCAAAACCCGACAAAUUAUGCAGAGUUCCAAGGGUGAAGUACCUCCUGAAGAACGCCGCAAAAUCCAAGAGCCUACGACACGCGACACAAAUCCACUCCCAAAUCGUAACCACCAACGACGCUUCCGUCAGCAACAUCAACAGCCUCCUCUUGGUGUAUGCAAAAUGCGGCUCCAUCGACCACACUCUCCUCUUGUUCGCCACAACCCCUCACGCCUCAUCCAACGUCGUCACGUGGACCACGCUCAUAUCCCAACUCUCCCACUCCAACAACCCCUCACGCGCCCUAGCUUGUUUCAACCGCAUGCGAAGCACCACGCUCAUAUACCCAAACCAGUUCACCUUCUCCGCUAUCCUACCCGCCUGCGCACACGCGCCGCUCCUCUCCCACGGCCAACAAAUCCACGCCUUGCUCCUCAAACAUGGCUUCCAAACCGACACCUUCAUAGCCACCGCGUUGGUCGACAUGUACGCUAAAUGUGGCUCCAUGUCGCUGGCGCAGAAUGUGUUCGACCAAAUGCCCCACAGAAACCUCGUUUCCUGGAACUCCAUCAUUGUUGGCUUUCUUAAAAACAAGCUCUACGGUUGCGCCAUUGGGGUUUUCAAAGAGUUUAUUCAAAAAACUUCGCUUUUUCCCGACCAAGUUACUUUCUCGAGCGUGUUGAGUGCUUGUGCCGGGUUGGUUGCGUUAGGGCUUGGGAAGCAGGUGCAUGGGAGCGUUGUUAAGCGUGGUUUGGUGGGUUUGGUUUACGUUAAGAACUCGCUCGUGGACAUGUAUUGUAAGUGUGGGGUGUUUCAAGAUGCAACAAAGUUGUUCUGUGAUGGUGGAGAUAGGGAUGUUGUUACGUGGAAUGUAAUUAUCAUGGGGUGCGUUCAUAGCCAGAACUUUGAACAAGCUUGCAACUUUUUCAAAGAUAUGAUAAGGGAAGGCGUGGAACCGGAUGAGACUUCGUACUCCUCUCUUCUUCAAGCUUCUGCAAGUAUUGCAGUGUUGGCACAAGGCACCUUGAUCCAUAGUCGUGUAUUUAAAACUGGGCAUCUGAAAAACGCUUGUGUUUUGAGCUCUUUGGUGACUAUGUAUGGCAAAUGUGGGAGCUUGUUCGAUGCUUAUCGUGUUUUUGGAGAGGUUAAGGACCGUAAUGUGGUUUGUUGGACGGCUAUGAUAGCAGUUUGCCAUCAACAUGGUUGUGGAAAUGAGGCCAUUGAGUUGUUUGAGGAGAUGCUGAGAGAAGGGGUUGUGCCGGAAUACAUUACUUUUGUUUCCGUGUUGUCGGCUUGCAGCCAUACGGGGAAGGUUGAUGAUGGUUUCAAGUACUUCAAUUCCAUGGCUAAUGUGCAUCACAUUGAACCUGGGCUUGAGCAUUAUGCUUGCAUGGCUGACCUGCUUGGUAGGGUUGGUCGGUUGGAGGAAGCAUGGAGGUUUAUUGAAUCGAUGCCGAUCGAGCCUGAUUCGUCGGUUUGGGGGGCUUUGCUUGGGGCAUGUGGAAAGCAUGGGAAUGUUGAAAUGGGAAGAGAGGUUGCUGAGAAGCUUUUCAAGUUGGAGCCGGAUAAUCCAGGAAACUAUGUGCUGCUUUCAAAUAUUUAUACUCGACACGGGAUGUUGGAAGAAGCUGAUGAGGUUAGAAGAUUGAUGGGGAUCAAUGGGGUGAGGAAAGAGACUGGGUGUAGCUGGAUUGAUGUUAAGAACAGGACCUUUGUGUUCAAUGUGAAUGAUAGGUCACAUUCAAGGACACAAGAGAUUUAUGAAAUGUUGCAGAAGUUGAAGGAGUUGAUAAAGAGGAGAGGGUAUGUGGCUGAGACCCAGUUUGCAACUAACAGUGUGGAAGGCUCUGAAGAGCAGAGUUUGUGGUGUCACAGUGAGAAAUUAGCCCUUGCAUUUGGUCUUCUGGUCCUCCCACCUGGCUCCCCGGUGAGGAUAAAGAAGAAUUUGAGGACCUGUGGUGAUUGUCACACUGUUAUGAAGUUUGCUUCAGAGAUUUUUGAGAGAGAAAUUAUUGUAAGAGAUAUCAAUAGGUUUCAUCGAUUCACAAAUGGGUCGUGCUCUUGUAGAGAUUAUUGGUGAUUGAAUUUGAAACACAUGCUAUAAAAUGAACACUGGUGGAGGCAGCUGCUACUGAGCUCCCUUUUCACUCGUGUCAAGAAUCAAGUGGGACCACCACCUUUUUAAUUCUUUCCAA